UUCCCAAAUAAACUAUUACAAACAACCAUAUCAGUCUUAUACACGAAAAAGAUAUUUAGCUACAUCACAAAAAAACCAUCAUUUCAUCAUAUCGGGGCGUAAAAUCCAGGCUUUAUUUAAAAAAAAGUAUCAACAUCGUCUACGUCAUAAUAAUCCCAUGUAGAUUAUUAUUUCAUAUAUUAUUUCGUAUAUAAGCAGAAUAAUUUGCCUAUUUGCCCUACUGUAUAUUAUAUUUUGUUUAUUGUGAAGGUUAGUUAAAAUCUGAAGAUGAGGGUUGCGUCUACAAUAGCGACACUCCUCUGCGUCGUCCUUUUGAUAAUCCAAACUAUAUCUGCAGCACCUGCACCCGUACCUGGGGGAGGCGGUGGCGGUGGAGGCAGCGGCGGUGGCGGCGGUGGCGGUGGCGUUGGAGGAGGCGGCGGUGGCGGUGGGGGUAAAGGUGGCGGUGGAGGCGGUGGCGGUGGGGGUGUCUGUGGCGGUGGCGGAGGCGGUGGCGGUGGCGGUGGCCGCUAACUUAUAAUUAAAAUACCUAAUUUUACAUGUGGACUCUAUAAAUUUGUAUAUUUUAUUUAUUUUUAUUGUAUAUUAAAAUGUUUUUGUAAUUUUAA